GCCCGAUUUCACAUCAGAUUUUUUCUCGCAUUCCAUACUUGAACAUUCUCUCACUAUAGUUUUCUUUCCACGUUCAGUCCUUCAAGAAUGAUGAGUGGAAGAAACUUUUCAUUGUCAUGGUCUGCCAGCUCAAGACCCUCCCUCGUACUACGAAAAACGCUGGAUCCAUUCCAACUUUGUACAUAGAUGGCAUCGAAUACCUUCAAGAUCCAGAGUUGUUCUCACAUACGUUCGCACUUGAUACUCAAGACUUGAUCGACGCUAUCUACUCUUUUGUUGGAACCGAUGGGUGUUCACGGAAGGUCGUUAUUGAGUCAAUUCUCCAUCAUGCGGAGGAUGCUGUUGGUUUGUACGCAGUCGUUGCUGAGGUAGAAUGCCUCUGCAUGGAAGCUGACUGUACAUGGAAUGGGGAGAGGAAGAUCGUGAAGAUCAGUUUCAUGGGCACGGAUCGGCAGUCAGAACAAGGACUUAUUGGGGAGGCUAGAUCGAAAGCAGAAUCGACUGGAGAACUCUGGGCACUCAACCAUCUUCCAAAUGCCAUCCACUCACUCAGUCUACUCCCUAACAAAAAGAAAACGUUUCACAGACGUUUGAAGACCUAUCUCAAGGACAAAUAUGAGGAACGAGUGAUGCAUAUCACAGUUUUUGAGAAGCUUCAUCCGCUUUCCGAGCUGGAAGAUCCAAGGGAUUUCGCGCAGGUAUUUUACGACGUUCUACAGAUUCACCAAUGGCUUUAUGAAUGUGCUGGGAUUCUUCAUCGUGAUCUCAGCUCGGGUAACAUCAUGUUCAGACGCAAAGAGGGUAGGAUUUACGGUGUCUUAAAUGAUUUCGACCUUUCUUCUCGCAUUGAAGAUUUGAACAAAUUCCCGACAUUCAAUGUUGUCAACCACACCGGCACUAGGCCGUUUAUGUCGUACGAUUUGCUCAAUUCUAGCUGGAAGAGAGGUCAUCUGUAUCGCCACGAUUUGGAGUCCUUGUUCUACAUCAUCCUUUGUCUUGCAUGCCGCUACCGCAAACCUGGAGUCCCCGCCGACGAACCUAGGCCUUUUUCGAAAUGGUACAGCGGUAGUGACAAAGACAUCUGUGGCGAAAAAUGUGUCUUUCUCUUCAACCCUUACACUGAUUUCCCUAUCCAACCUUACUUUGCAGGGUUUACAUCCUGGCUGUGGCUGCUUUUUGAGGAUUUUUGUGCUGGUUAUAAACAACGACCAAUCUACCAUCGUUCGACUUCAAAGAAAUAUCCAGAAUACUUCUAUGAUAGUGAAGGCCUCCGCUUUGACUGGACAACGUUGAACAAAUGUGUUACCUAUGCUAGAAUGCGGUUGAUAAUGUCCUCAUUCGAAGGGCAAAAGCUCGAGACGCGGUGGAUAGGGAACCAGGAUCAUUGAAAUUUCUUUCUGAUCUACAUGUUUUUCAUUCCAAUGUUACUGUAGUAACUCUAUGGUGUUCAGAUAGGUUGAAACUUUUGACCUGUACUAGAGUGUUCUUCGACC